GUUUAUACAACCUUCUUUAUCUCUGUAUACACCAGUAAAACUUUAGCAGCAUUUUAAUAGAAAAUAUAUAAUAAAAGGUUGGAAUAUGGAUUCAUUAACAAUAAAGAUUACACCUUUAAGAAGCAAUGACUUACGUAGAAGGACUCUCUUGCAAACAAGAAUAAUGGCUUCUCCAUUACAAAGAAGUGUUCCAAACAACCCAACACUUAAUAUGGAAAUAGUUAAUGAUGAAAGUGAAAGAUUAAAUAGGCGUAGUCUUGUUGAUAUGCAAAGGAGGUUGUCAAACAUACCCCAAUUACAAUCACCUUUAAAUGAAUCUACAAAGUUUUUGGGAGAACAAGAAAUGAAGGACCAUUUUCAAAUUUGUACAAAAUUAUUUUCUGAAAAUAAAAUUACUACUAAAAAUGCUUGGCAACUUCAUAUAAUCGAUUUGUUAAGACAUAUGUCACAAAAAUCCAAUAGUGAUACUUUACAAGUUGCUAGUACCUCAUUGGAUAUUAGCGCAAAAGUGUAUGGCAUAAGAGUGGAUGAUAUUCAUUCAGAUGGGUUAAAAUUAGCUAGCAGUAUGGCCAGAGCUUCAGAGAAGCAGCUUCCACAAAUAUCUAAUAUUGAUGACAAUUUCGAAUGUAAUGAUGAAAAAAGUCAAGAAAAAAAAAUAAAGAAAAAAAAACGUCUUACAUCUGGCGACAAAAAUACAAUAAGUAAGGACCCAUCCUCUUUGAUUGCUCCCUUGCCAAUAUUAGAAUCUGUAUUUUUUUCAACAAGAACCAAUGCUGAGUCAAAUGCCAUUGACAACUUAUUUACAAAUACAUUAAAAAUGGAUAAUUCUGGUUAUAAAUUUAUGCUGUUGAAUAAUUGUAAGGGUUGGGCUGAUUCAUCAAAUUUAAUUUUAAAGAAAGGAAAAAUAUUUUCCCUUAGUCUGAAUAGUUUAUCAAAUUUUAAAUUGUGCAUUCCUUUUUCUGACUUUCAAGUGGAUGACUGGGAUCCUGAAGAGGAAGAAAAACAAUUGGAAGCUGAAAAAACAUUAAAUUCGCAAAGAGAAAACGAAGUUGUUUUUGAUGAAAAUGGAAUACCCAUUGCUGAAUUAGAUGGAUCCAUUCAUGAUAUUUUUUCAAAUGAAAACAACGAUGAGAUUGAUAUGAAUAUUUCUGAAGAUAUUCAAGAAGAACAGGAAUUUUGUGCACAGGUUCAAGGGGAAAUUGCCCAUAUUAAUAAUUUUCAGCCUGCUGACGUUUUGAUUAAAACCGAAUAUUCAUAUAAUUCAACUCUACGCACACAUAAUGGAAAAGUUAUUGAUCAAAUAUGGGCAGGUCCUAGCCAUUGGAAAUUAAAAUAUAUAAGGCGUUCAACAAGUAGAUUUUCUGGUCAGAAUUCAAAUAUAAGCGAAAAAAAUAUUUUAACAAAACAUGCAAAAGCGAAAAAAAAACUUCCAGCGCAAACUUUUGAAGAGCAAAUAGUUGGAAUGGAUAUUAACAAACAUUUUAAAAUUAAAAAAAAACCUUUAGCCACUGAUCUGCAAAAGAAAACAUUGCCAGUGCCUGACCAGACUUGUGUUAAAUUGAUGGAAUGUAUUAAUGAAUUAAUUUUAAAAAAAGGUGCUGUCCCAGUCACAAAAGCACAACAGAUUGAAAAUGAAAAAAAUCUAUUAAAUUAUGAGGUAUCUGGAUAUAAAUAUGAAAAUCCAAAUGAUUCUCAAUAUUGUUCACAGCAGAAUGAGGAUGAUCCCAUGGACAAUGAGGAUUUAAUGGAUAAUAAUUUUGAUACUGAAGAACGCCAUCAUCAACAACAAAACUUUUUAAGUGAAAAUCUUGUCCACAUGCCUACAUUGGUUCCCAAAUCAUAUGUCCCUUAUGCUUUACAAGCAAAAAAAAUGGAUAUGAAGAAAUUAAAAGCUGCAGUUUGGCAAAAACUUGUUAAAAAUGUGGAAUCUCAAGAUGCCAAAAUUAAUACAAUAUCUUUUUCAAAUUUAUAUAAUGAACUUCCAUGUUUGUUGAACGAAAAAAUGAAAAAAGAAUUAAGUUGUCCUUUAGCUUUUGUGGCUCUACUUCAUUUAUGCAAUGAACAAAAUUUAAAUUUAAAGCAGCUUCCAGGCUAUAAAGAUUUUGUAAUUAAAGAAUAAGGUAUAAUAUAUUAAAGAAUAAGGUAUAAUAUAUUAUAG